AUGAAGACCUACAUGUCCACACUCGGAACAAUGAGGCUGGUGUUUCUUCUGAGCUUGCUUGGUCUAAUUCUGAGGACAGAGGCUCAGCUACCUAAUGCUUGUAUCCUCAGUAAUACCAACAGGCCUCCAGAAAACUCAGACAUAACUGUAGUGUGUGGCACCGAGUACAUGGACCUGAGCAUCUACAUCUGUCCAGUUUACCAAGCAUUUUACAACGAGUCUCUGAUGGUCCUCAACAAUGAGUUUGACAAACCUGAGUGCUUUGGGACUGCAAACUGGACCGCUGUCCCGCCGAUCUUAAACUUCAAAAUCCCCUUGAACGAAAGUGCCAUCUCCGCCUGCAAUAGUAUCUUUAAGGUGACCAAUGAGGUUGGAACUGGACAGUUUGCUGACUUCUCAAAUGUCCAGUUCAUCAACAUUUCAGGCGAGAUUAAUUCUCUAGACCUGUCCGUCAGCACGAUCACCUACAGGCCGCAGAUCACAUACAUGUUCUCCUGUCGUUACCCAAUGCAGUAUGUCCUGAACAACACUGAAGUGGCUGUAUCAGGAGUCAAUCUGGCCAUGAGAGAGAACAAUGGCAGCUUCAUCAGCACUCUGAAUAUAUGGCUCUACAAAACUGAGCAGCACCUGGAAGUUCUAGAUAUCCCACAAACAGGACUCAACCUGAAGACCAAGAUCUACGUUGCAGUUACAGCCACCAAUUUAACCGACAGGUUCAACGUGCUGCUGGACAGAUGCUAUGCAACAACAAGCCCCUACCCCUCUGUAGAUACCUAUUAUGAUCUUUUUGUAGGGUGCACACGUGACGCACAAACUAAGGUGGAGCGCAACGGGGUGGAUCAGAAGGCGUACUUCUCCUUUGAGGCUUUCAGAUUUGUGGAGCACAAAAAACAGACUGUUUCCACUUUCUACCUGCACUGCAUCACCAGACUCUGUGAGGUGUCCUCGUGCAGCUCCUUCCUGCCUAACUGCAAUGGCACAAACAGGAGAAAGAGAGAGGCCCAGGAAGUGUCUGACGCCGCCACGGUCACCUCGCCUGCCAUACUUGUGGGCCAACAAAGCAGUGCUUCAGAGUACAACAAAAACAAAGCAACUGGCGUUGCUGUGCCAAUAGUUUUCAUGGGGACUGUGCUAUGUUUCUCGCUGUUUCAACAUUUACUACUGUGCUCCGGAAGCAUAUUAAUGUUUGAUAUCUUAAUUCUUUCCUUCCACCCUCCUCCAGCAGAUUUGGCGUCUGAGAACUACAGCAGCCCUGUGGUGGCUGUGAUCGUCUGCAUCGUUAUCCUAACCAUCUUCCUCGUCGCCAUAGCCGUCUACGUCAUGUUGCACAACAGAAGAAAACCACUUAUCCAGUAACAUCCUCUGACU